AUGGCGCUUCCUCACCAAAACAGACUACUUUUCGGUAUCAAGCGGAUUUUGAAUGGGGCUGAAAGUAGUCAAAAAAUAGACUCGUUUUACUCCGGAUGGAUAUUUUCAAACGGAUUUCGGGCAGUGCUUCUUGGCAAUAUAAAAACAGACGCAAAAAUUUCUGCAUUUUUAAUUAACACGUCUUAUGUAAGAGGAAAACAUCUAGGUCAGUGUUUUAGUAACUUCAAGUUCCUACGAAAUCUCGAAUUAAAAAUUGCUAAUAUGUCAACAGUCCUUGGACGUGUCAUGCCACUAAAUGCGUUUAAUUUACAGCCUACCAGAAACAACUUAGAAAGAGCAUCCAAGAAUCAGCGUUGUAAUUACACUGGUUUUCAUCCACAAACUGCUGAAAUUAAUCACACUUAUUUGCAGAAUAUUUCGCAUCCAUUCACCCUCUGA